UUCAUCCCUCAUCCCGGUCCGGUCGCUGUUGUCUCUAGUUGGAAGGAAGGAAGGAAGGAAGGCAUGCUCGCCUUACAGAAGUGAGGGUCAAAUAUUCAAGUGUAUUCAACAGAGACAGGCCGCUGGGAUUCUGUGCAGCUACUUUUUCUCUUUUCCAUCUCAAGAUGGAAAGUGAUGCUGCUGAUGUUGAUGUCCGGAGACGAAAUUUUCCAAAUAACGCCGAUCAAAACCCCCUUAGAUCUCGACUUGGAGCUAAUGAAGGUCAAGGGGCAAAUGAUUUUCACGAUGCACAACCCUCCUCCGGCCCCCGUGGACAGAAUCGCAGGUCGAUUGUUGGGAAACCAAGAGCUUCCAAAGCUUAUGUCGCGAUUGGGAUUGUAUAUCUAUGUAUUGGCGUAUUUGUUCACCACCGAAUGAAUUCAUACCCUAUCCCAAAGUGCUGGAAAAAUUCAGAAUCUUUCGAGUUCAGGGAGGAGAAUGCAAGAGCUCAUUUAGAUGAGCUCACUGGCUUAGGACCAAGGGUUUCAGGCAGUGAUGCUAAUAUGAAAGCAGAAGAAUAUAUCCUACAAAUGAUAGCUUCCAUUCAACGUAGCAAAAAGUCCCACUUUAAAAUGACGGUAGAUGUUCAAGUAACAAGCGGUGGGUUAACGCUUGACUUUAACAAUGUAGGAAUAGGUGAAUUUACCAGUGUUUAUCAAGAUCUGCGGAAUGUGAUUGUGAAAGUUUCCCCAGUUUCUGAGGCCAACAACAGUGUGCUCGUAAACUGCCAUUAUGAUUCUGUCAUAGACAGUCCAGGAGCGGGGGAUGACGCGGCAAGCUGUGCCGUGAUGUUGGAGAUGAUGCGCGCCCUGACACAGGGAGAGCUGGUGCUGCUUCACAACAUCGUCUUCCUGUUCAACAGUGCCGAGGAGAAUAUCCUGCAGACGAGUCACGGCUUCAUCACACAACACCCGUGGGCCCCGAGCAUCAAAGCCUUUGUGAACCUGGACUCUGCCGGUGCCGGGGGCUGGGAGAUUGUUUUCCAAACAGGUCCGGAACAUCCAUGGCUGAUCAAGGCGUACAUUGAGUCUGCCCCGUACCCACACGCCUCGGUCAUUGGUCAAGAGAUUUUCCAGACCGGUCUCAUUCCAUCGGACACAGACUUCCGCAUCUUCCGAGACUACGGCAACAUCCCAGGUAUCGACAUCGCUCACAUCAAGAACGGAUAUGUGUACCACACCAGGAACGACCUGCCUCGCUUCAUUCCCCCGGGCUGUAUGCAGAGAGGAGGCGAGAAUGUUCUUUCCCUCCUGAAGACUCUGUCAACGAGCAUGAAGCUUGUGGACCCCGGCGCUGACAAACACGGCUCUAUGGUCUUCUUUGACUUCCUGGGAUUCUUCAUGGUGGCCUACCCCAAGCGCAUUGCCAUGCUGCUCAACUGGACAACGGUCAUCUACGUAUACAUAGCCUUUGUCAAGAGAUUGCUGCGAGACAGGUCCUCUGCUGGAAUGGGCAGCGUUUUGAAGAUGAUGCUGUGGUCAGUGCUGUCCAUUUUGGCCACCUGGGUGGUCAUCGUGCUGGCGACCUUGGCCAUGGCCUUGACAUUGACCUUGUGUCAGCGCAACCUGGCGUACUACACCCACAACCUGAACAUCAUUUGGCUCUUUGUGCUACCCUCUACCUCGGCAGCUAUUGGAUUCCACUUGUUUCUCAAGAAAAAAGUUUUUCCUCAAGUGUCGGCGGCGAGCAUGGUGGUGAUGCUGCAGAAUGGCAACCUGAUGUUGUGGUCGCUGGUGCUGGCCCUGGCCACCCUGGGCGGCCUCAUGAGCUCCUACCUGCCCCUGGUGUUUGUACUCUGGCCCGUCAUCUGUUACACCGUGCUGGACUUACUGGGCUUCAAACCCACGGGUGUGCUGUUUAACCUAGUCGGGGGUCUGGUGCCCAGUGUGCUGAUUGUAUACCUGUCUUACACGCUGCUCAUGUUCCUCAUCCCCAUCAUGGGCCGCGUGGGGAUGGAGGCGUCACCCGACGUGCUGGUCGGACUCCUCUGUGCUCUCCCCGUCAUCGUCUGUCUCCCUUACCAGGUGGGCUUUGUGUACACCCACCAUCACGUAGGCCGCGUCAUCUCCACCACCAUGGCCGUCAUCCUGCUGGGUCUCUGCGCUGUCCUCUUCACCUCCGCGGGCUUCCCAUACUCCUCUAGUCCCCUCGACGCUUCGCCGCAGAGGGCCAUGUUUGUUCACUACGACAGAAAGUUCCACUCGUACGAAGGCGGCGUGGUUCAGACAGACGCCAACGUGUGGUAUAAGCCUUUAGACUUCCACGGCGGCCGCCUGCUGGAGAUCUACUCGCCGUCCAUUUUCUCCAAUGCCAAAAAGGCAAGCUGUGAUGGCGUGUACUGCGGCCGGCCAUACCUCUACCCGUUCCUGCCGCUGGUGAAUCCAAGGAAAACCUACGACUUCCCUGCGUCCUCGCUCAACGUGACGCGAGUGGAGGUGGUCAAGGAGGAGAGGCAGCGGUUGUCCGACGACAAGGUCAGGCUCAACUUCUCUAUGACAGGUCCCAGCCAUGUGACCAUCUUCAUCUCGGAACUUCCCAAGGUCAAGGUGACAGAGUGGACGUUCGGUGAGAAGGUCCCGGUGGAGGUGCAUACAAUCCCGCCCAUCCAUGGCCCCACCUUCUUCAUCUACUAUUCCCAUGCCGGCCCGCCCAACACCACCUGGCACUUUUCGCUAGAUGUGCAGGUCAAGCCUGAGAAAGAUCUGAACAGUCCUCUGAUCACCAUGGGCUUCGCUGGACAUCACCUGCACGGACCCAAUCAGAUAACGGAGGACGUGAAAAGACUGGAGAACUUGCUUCCUCCAUGGAUGAUGGCAGUGAGAUGGUCGGCCACCUACGACCAGUUUGUCUUUUGAUCACCAGCACUGCCUCAGAGUUGCCUGUUUGUUCCAGUAUGUCAGUUGCUGUGGUGAAAUAAGGGUAUGAGAGGUGCCAAAGUUCCAGAUAAAUCUGGAUUCCUGAAAUUGUUUGGAUUUUUUACUUGACUUCAGGAGGAUUGUUGAGAAGUUGCUGCAUGUAAAAAUAGUCUUGAUAUGACAUGUAUAAGACAAAAUGAUCCAUGAAUGUUUGUGAGUCUCCACUUUGUUUCCAUGGGGUUUGAAAAGUUCAGGAUGUAUUUUUUUAGUUAGCAGCUCUGGGGAGGCAACAAAAGAACCUUACAGGUUUCUUUUUCUACUUUUCUGCUGUUGUUAUACAGGGCAUUUUGUUGAGAGAGAUUUUAUUUGGGGGGGGGAGGGGUGUUGGAGGGUCUGAUUUUUUUAAGUUUGUAUGAUGAAUUGGAGUACGGUACCUUAUUCCUUGGUUUAAAAAAUAUGAAUGGUUCUUUCAUUCAGCUAUAUUUAUGGCGGACUGCAUAUAUACAUAUAAAGGUAUAGAUUGAGCCUUCUUCCAGGUCUAGGCUCAUUCACUUGCUAUGUUGCCUGUUCAACGUCUUAUUGCCAACAGAUCUGAGUAUUCUGUGGUACAGUGUGCUUCCAUGUCAUCAUCAUUGUUGUCAUGUCGUGCUCAAGUACGGUAUAUAUGUGUCACAGCACCGUGGAAUCGGGCGCUCGUCAAUUUUUGGGCAUCUGGAGUUAUUGGUAUCAUCUUAAA